AUGGAUAGAGAAUCCAUAAAGAAAGAAUCCCAAAUAUAUAGUGCAAAUUCAGAUUCCGUCAAUCUUACCAAGUACCAAAAAAGUAUAAAUGAUGCUGCUUUCCAAUUGUGCCUUGAAAAUCCAAGUCUUGUGAAAACUAAAGGCAAGCUUCUUGAUCUCGCUAGAAAGAAGGUUGAUAGUGAUGGGUACACUUAUGUUAAGAAAAGAAGUCGUUCAACAAGAUUUGGUGCAGAAUCAGGUCGUAAAGAAAACAAGGGGGGAAAACGGCAAAAAUUAACAGAUGGAUUGAGACAGAAAAGAAUCGCGGAACUCUGUGAAGACAUUGAAACUGUUGACAAAGUCAUCAGUUGUUUAGAAAGUGAAAGAGCCAAGCUAGUUAACAUGCAGAAGUACCCACAAGCUGCACAGAUACUUCAACAAAUGGGCGAAAAACGUAAAGAAAAACGCCAAUUAUCCGACCAGCUUACUACUAUUCGAGCGAAGGAGGCAAAAUCUAAAAGCUAUCACAAGAACAAACAAUCGAGCUGCACAAAGAGUAAGUGUGUUAGUGAUGUCAAAAGUGAUAAUCAAAGAAGCGUCGAGGCUUUUUUUGCAAAAUCGCGUAAUAUUGAAAGUAGAAAUACCGAUGCUUGUGUAUUUGAGCUAGAUUUGGGUAGUCGUAUUGACCCGAAGGUGGUUGUUGCAGAAAACAAAGAAUGUCAUAAUUACUCUGGAAGUGAACCAACCUUCUCUACCAAGGAUAGUGAAGAUAUGGUUGAUGGCUCAGAAAAUUGUGUUCCAUCCACAGAUACAGAUCCAAAAGAUAGUGAAGUUUCAAAUGUUUCCCUGGUUGGCCUUGUAAGUUCAUAUCUUGAAGGCAAUGAAGAAAUGGCGCGGAAUCCAGGCAUAUCAGAUCAGAAUAAUGUUAAAUCCAGCACACCAUCACCAAAGUCAGCUAUAAUAACCUUCAACAAAAGUGAUGCCGAAGAGGACAGUGCAUUUGAAGAAAAUAUCUCUGACAACGAAACCUCUUCUAGAAAAGUUGUUUUUUUAUGCCAUUAG